ACCAUAGACUGGACUCCAGACCACAGACUAGAUAAAACCAAAGAAAUAUCCCCUCAGCUUGGAAGCCGGGAAGGUCUUCUCAACUCCGAGUUCAGCUCGUGACGUCAUAUCAGCAUGGCUGCUCACACCAUCAGCACUCCACCCCCGAGGUGCAGCGCGCUCCUUAAAGUCUGCGCUCAGUGGAGCGCAACCGGCAGCGCAUCGUGUGAGGACAGGAGGGAAGAACCGAGGAGCCACAGAGACGACUGAGGACCGAGAGAGAGAAGAGAGAGAGAAAGUUAGGACCUAACUAACUGAAUUGAAGAUCUGAGCUGUUGCACAGACACAGGACCCGAACUUCUAGCAUGCCGCAGUUGGGGAUGAUGGCGGUGUGGUGGUGCUCUUGGUGGUGCUGCUGCGCCGUUCUGGUCGCCGCAAACUUCACGAUGGAGAGCGACUUGAGCUCGGCUUUCGUGCACCGAGCUCUGCGCAGUCAGGAGCGCCGGGAAGUGCAGAGAGAGAUCCUGUCCGUGCUCGGCUUGCCCCGGCGGCCGCGUCCUCACUCUCCGGAGCGGCGCACGGCGGCGCCCAUCUACAUGCUGGAGCUGUACAACGCGGCGCUGGAACCCGCUGCUUCCGGUUUCUCUCGCGCUGCCGCGGCUCCGGUUCUGGCUCCUGCUCCACCAUCGGCACCGACACGACGGGACCAGCGCUAUCUGAGCGACGCCGACAUGGUGAUGAGCUUCGUCAAUAUGGUUGAACCUGACGAAGACCCACAUAUGUUCCACCAGUUCCACCGAUUUGAUCUGUCCCGCAUUCCCGAGGGAGAAGCCGUGACGGCCGCCGAAUUCCGUGUCUACAAGGACUUCGUGCACGAACGUUACGAAAACGAGACAUUUCACGUCAGUGUGUAUCAAGUGCUCCGGGAAUACGAUGACAGGGAUUCAGAUCUGUUCUUGCUGGACUCGCGAGUGAUUUGGGCUGCAGAAGAGGGCUGGCUGGUUUUUGAUCUCACAGCUACCAGUAACCACUGGAUUUUGCACCCGGGUCAGAACCUGGGCCUGUUGCUUGUUCUGGAGAGUGCAGAUGGUGACCGUGUGAACCCCAGGGUUGCAGGGCUGGUGGGCAACCAAGGACCCCAGAACAAGCAGCCAUUCAUUGUGGCGUUCUUUAGAGCUACGGGCGUCCGUUUGCGCAGUGUCCGCUCAGCUCCCGGACACAAACAGAGGAACCAGAACCGCCCAAAGACUCCUAAACACACACCGCCUUCCAGCCAGGAGGCCCUGAGGUUGGCAGAGGCUGCAGAGAACGUCAGCGUGGACCCAAAACAGGGCUGCAAGAAACAUGAGCUGUAUGUCAGCUUCAGAGAACUGGGAUGGCAGGACUGGAUUAUUGCCCCAGAAGGCUAUGCUGCAUACUACUGCGAGGGCGAGUGUGCCUUCCCUUUAAAUUCCUACAUGAACGCCACCAACCACGCCAUCGUGCAGACGCUGGUUCACUUCAUAAACCCAGACUCGGUCCCGAAGCCGUGUUGCGCCCCCACUCAGCUCCACGGCAUCUCCGUGCUGUAUUUCGACGACAGCUCCAACGUCAUCCUGAAGAAAUAUCGCAACAUGGUAGUCCGAGCGUGUGGCUGCCACUGACUGACACACGCGCUCAGGCGUACACUCGGAGGACGGAAAAGGAGGAGAUCGGAUUGAGGCCAGCCGUGCCUUCAGGAGCCAUACGUUUAAUAGGACUCGUUAUUGGAGGGGGGGGGAUGCUGGACCACUGUGCUGUGCCCACAUGUUCCGUGUGUGCGUCACAACCGCAGCCAAGUCGAGUGGGAGCUGCUUUCAUUGUAUGCUGUAAAACAAAACAAAAAACAAAAAAAAAACGUCCAGCAAUGUGCACGUGAAAAGAUGUUUAAAUUAGUAUUAGGCACACUGUCCUUGCUUGAGUCACUGGAGACCAGGUCAAAAACAAGAUCAGCGGGAUGAACAGUGGGAAAUUCUUUUCAUAUUUGGCACACAGGAAUCAAAGUGACGUAAAAGUCUUGCCCCCUCACCCCUCCCCAGCCAGCUCUGUAGGUGUGUGUGUUCCCUUGUGGCAAAACCCCCAUCCCACACACUGCAUUUAUCACACAGCCGAGUGUUCAGCAUGUGUUAACUGCCGGCAACAGGACCAUCACAUACUCCGUCCUCUCCUCUGAAGCAGGUCCAAAGCUGCGGGUGGCGGCCCGGACAGCAGCAUGUGUUUUUCAUCUGCGUUCUCUCUGUAGACCGGAUGAUAAAGCAGCUAAAUAGAACUGUCUGGAUAGGGACAGGUGCAAUUGAUUUUUAUUUUUAUUUUUUUUCUCUCUGCAGAGAACUGGAAUUCUACAGCUGUUCUUGGUCAUGCGAAUGUUAUUAUACAACAGAGCUUACAGAGACUCUCAAUAAUGAGGGAAUACAACCUUCAAGUCCAGAUGUUUUGGAGAAAUGGGAGUCUUUUUAGAACUUAUAUUCCCAUUUGUCAAGUUGAUCAUCAAACUCAUAACUACAGUCAGAUGGGGAUUGACUCUUUUUAUUGCACAAAUCCAACAAAUAUUCUUGCCUUAGGACAUUAAAAACUUUUUUUCUUUUUUUUUUCUUUUUUAGAAAAUGACCCACAAUUAAUUAUUUUAUUCAUCUGUUGCUAUUAUUUUUUACAAAACACCUAAGUGCAAUUUCAUAAUAAGUUGAUUUUAUAGAAAAUAUGACCCCUUUCUGUGUGUGUGUGUGUGUGUGUGUGUGUGUGUGUGUGUGUGUGUGUGUGUGUGUGUGUGUGUGUGUGUGUGUGUGUGUGUGUAAAUAGGACCCCUUUCAUAAGCUGUGUGUAUAUAGUUGUUGUAUUAUAAAAUAAACUUUGUAACUCUGUCGUCCUGUUUGCUA